UUAGCCGGGAACCAUUACUCUGGACGAGUCAAGGACAGCCUGUGUGAGACGCAGUGUAACGAUUGGAGAAGGCUACAUACAGGGAGGUGGUUUCAUGUACACACGAGUGAAGUCGUGAUCUUUUCAGAAGUCAUCAUGGCGCUCGCUUCACCAGUUAAAGGAAAUCCUUUUAGCCACUUGAUUGACACCCUUCGGUGUGAAAACAAUGACAGCCAGUAUUUCAAUCCGCUGAAACUAAAUGAUCCAAGAUAUGAGGAAUUGCCCUGGUCAAUCCGCGUCCUUCUGGAGGCCGCUAUACGGAAGUGUGACGGGUUUUAUAUCAAGGAGGAGGAUGUGCGGAACAUACUGGACUGGAAACAUCAGCAGAAUGUUGCCGAAGUGCCCUUUGCCCCGGCCCGUGUCCUUUUCCAGGACUUCACGGGUAUUCCUGCCUUGGUGGACCUUGCCGCCAUGAGGGACGCUGUUGCUAAGCAUGGCGUCAACCCUAACCUGGUCAACCCCAAUUGUCCAAUAGACCUGCUGAUCGACCAUGCACUACCAGUUGACUUCAGCAAAUGUGCUAUUCAGAAUUCCCCAAACCCCGGUGGUGGUGGUGGUGAAGGUCGUGGCGUUCCUGUCGUUUCCUCUCCUGCUAGACCCGCGCAGCAAGGGGAUCCGUGUGGCAGGCAGCGUGGCGUUCCUGUCGACUCCUCUCCUGCUAGACCCGCGCAGCAAGGGGAUCCGUGUGGCAGGCAGCGUGGCUGCAGCAGAGGGAGCUGUAGUGACUCACCUCUCAGUUCUGGCAAACCUCCUCCAGUACAACAGAUAGAGAACACGCCUCUGCUCUGUCCAUUCCAUCUCCAGCCUGUCUCUGAGCCAGAAACAACGCUCAAGAACCAAGAGAUGGAGCUCGUCCGAAAUAAGGAGAGGCUGCAAUUUUUAAAGUGGUGCUCAAACACGUUCACAAAUGUGAAUGUCAUCCCCCCUGACGUCGGUACAGCUCACCAGGUCAAUUUGGAGUAUACAUCCCAGGUGGUUCAAGAGAGACAUGGACUCUUAUUUCCUGACAGUGUAGUUGGCACCGACUCUCACACUACCAUGAUAAAUGGCCUCGGCAUCCUGGGCUGGGGAGUUGGAGGCAUAGAGUCGGAGGCAGUGAUGCUGGGUCAGCCGAUCACCUUCACUCUUCCAAAGGUGGUCGGAUGUAAGCUGGUUGGCACCAUCAACACGCUAGCCACCUCAAUUGACAUCGUCUUGGGGAUCACAAAGCACCUCCGCCAAGCGGGCAUCUCCGGAAAAUUUGUGGAGUUCUUUGGUCCCGGGGUUUGUCAGCUGUCUGCCUCUGACCGGACCACCAUCGCCAACAUGUGCCCCGAGUACAACGCCACUGUUAGUUUCUUCCCUGUUGAUGAGGUCACACUCGAGCACUUUAAACACACAAACUUUUCUGAAGAGAAACUGGGACUAAUGAAACGCUAUCUUCAGGCAGUGAAACUGUUCAAAAGUGCCCAGGACCAGGCUGAGGAGGACCCACAGUACUCGGAGGUUAUUGAAAUCAACCUGGGCUCGAUCCUUCCCCAUGUGAGUGGGCCGAAGCGACCACAAGAUAGAGUUGCAGUCAGCGGCGUGAAGGGGGACUUCCACACCUGUCUUAAAGAGAAGGUGGGAUUCCGAGGUUUCCACAUACCACAAGACAAACAUGAGAAACUGGUACCAUUUCUCCAUGCUGGCAGAGAGUACGAACUUGCCCAUGGGUCUGUUGUAAUCGCUGCUGUUAUCAGCUGUACAAACAACUGCAACCCAUCUGUAAUGCUAGCUGCAGGUUUGCUGGCCAAAAAAGCAGUAGAGGCGGGUCUCACAGUAAAGCCAUAUAUCCGAACUAGCCUUGCCCCUGGGACCGGUACAGUGACCCACUACCUGAACAUCAGCGGUGUGCUGCCGUACCUCAGUCAGCUCGGGUUUGAGGUGAUUGGAUAUGGAUGUGCCACUUGUGUAGGAAACACAGCCCCAUUACCAGACCCUGUUGCAGACGCCAUUAACAAGGGUGAUUUGGUUGCCUGUGGAGUGCUAUCAGGAAACAGGAAUUUUGAAGGGCGCCUGUGUGACUGCGUGCGAGCGAACUACCUGGCCUCUCCCCCACUGGUGGUGGCUUAUGCGAUCGCUGGCACGAUCAGUAUUGACUUUGAGAAGGAGCCCCUAGGAGUGAACUCCGAGGGGAAAGAAGUCUUCCUGGCUGAUGUGUGGCCUUCACGAGUAGAGGUCCAGCACAUGGAGGAGGAGACCGUCAUCUCUAACAUGUUUACGGAUGUCAGGACUAGGAUGGAGAAAGGGAACAAGUUAUGGGACGGCAUAGAAUGUUCCGACUCUGAUCAAUUCCCUUGGGACUUGAAAUCAACGUACAUCCACUGUCCGCCAUUCUUCAACAAAUUAACCAGAGAGCCCUCAUCUCCCCAGUCACUGGACAAUGCCCAUGCACUGCUGUUCUUGCGAGACAAGGUGACGACGGAUCACAUCUCCCCAGCGGGAAGCAUCGGCCGGGUCAGCGCUGCCGCCAAGUAUCUGCAAAGCAAACGCCUCACACCACGGGAGUUCAACUCAUACGGGGCUCGUAGAGGGAACGAUGCAGUCAUGACUCGAGGGACAUUCGCUAGCAUGAAGCUACAAAACCGUUUCAUUGGCAAACCAGGCCCCAAGACUCUGCACAUUCCAACCGGACAGACGCUGGACGUGUUUGAAGCCUCCGAGCGCUAUCAGAGGGACGGGGUUCCUCUCAUCAUUCUGGCAGGGAAGGACUACGGCUCAGGAAGCUCCCGUGACUGGGCAGCCAAGGGACCCUAUCUAAUGGGUGUCCGUGCGGUGAUAGCUGAGAGUUUUGAGAAGAUGCACAAGAAUCACCUGGUUGGAAUGGGAAUCGCCCCUCUCCAGUUUGUGAAAGGAGAAAGCGCAGACACACUGGAGCUCUCAGGCAAAGAGAGGUUCACCAUAUCAAUACCAGAGGAUCUGACACCGCUACAAGAACUUGCAGUCAAGACUAGCACCGGGAAGAGUUUUCGAGUGACGGCUCUAUUUGAGAACGAGAUGGACUUGGUGUUUUACAGACAUGGAGGGAUGCUUAAAUAUGUGGCACAUAACAUGCUCCUCCCCAGCUGCUGAGCAGAACGUGUCGGAAAGAAAAGAAGGCCCCCUCUAGUGGCCGAGUCGAGGCACUGCUUCAGUUCUGGGACCUAUACUGGUGACCAUCUGAGAUCUGGCCAUGGUGCUUCUUCCCUUCAGGCCUUUUUCGGCUCAGAAUCUGCGGACUGACUCAGCUUGGUCCUCAGUCACGUUGAUGCUUUUCAGUUCUUAAGCAGGCUCUGUGUGUCUGGGGUAUUAUUCUAGUGAAUGCCAUUCGCUCAUCCAACAGGAGCGUGCUAUACUGAUCCAUCCCUGUUGUUGCUUCAAGGUCACAUCUUCAUUGAAUUUCUUUUGUAUGAUUUUUGUUUUAUAUGUGUAUAGUUCUUUAGAUAGAAUGCAUCAGUGACAAUGAACUGCUUUCAUCACUACAAUCCAAUCAUGGAACUAUUCAAAUAUCUGUUUUUUAAUCAUAAAAACUUAGACACUUUCACAGGUGUGUAUAUACAGUUGCGAGGUUAGAGAUUUUCUUAAAGUUUGGUUUGAGGUUGAAGAUGGUAAAACAUAAAUGUUACGUGUUGAUUUUCACCAUUCAUGAACAUCCAAAGGCAUUUGUCCAAGUUGUCCGUUGACGUAGCAUAUUUUUAGUGUUCAAUUGAUCUAGCGUAAAAAUGCGAUCACAAACAUAAACGUAUGUUUGAUUUAGGAUAGAAGACCACCACUUCUCACAAAUGAACGCUUUAAGGAACUCUGAAUUUUGAGUUGAGUUGUUACAGUUUUAGGUUGGAUUCAUGAUUAAGCGUCUCAUAUCUGUUUUUAUUGAGGGUGUUCUUUACUCGUAUUCUGUGUAAUUCAGGUUGGUUUAUAUUUAUAAUGAUAAUAAAUAUUCUAAUAAAUAAUAUGCAAUGAGAA